GUGUUUGACAGUAUUGAAAAAGGUUUGAGUUAAUUGUGAAUCUAAAUAUUCUUACAUCAAUUUUAUUUGGAUUUCUUCAAAUAGAGAAUCGGUUGUAUGUUUUAUUUUUUUUAUUUCAUAUGUUAGCCCAUUCCCAGCGUGACCCUAGACAGAUAUUUUCUCACUUUCCCAGUUUACCUCAUCUUUUAAGGAACGCCUGGAAUAUUCCACGCUCGUCGGCCAUCUUAAACACAUCCGUAAUUUGCGCAACGAUAUUCUUCUUAGUUGUUUUGCAGUUCCAUCGUUGAUUUUAUCGGAAUCUCACGUCACGAAAGAUUUUUAAAUAUGGGCCGCUUGCGGAGAAAACGAAUGCACAAGAACGACAAACAUCUAAAGAAAAAGUAUCGAACCAGAAGGCGAACAAAGGACUUGGACCAAAUCCACGAGGACAUGCAACCAAAGAACGCUGCUAAAUUAAAAUCACAAGAGUGUGACAUGGAUUUACCAGGUGCUGGACAAUAUUACUGUAUACAAUGCGCAAGAUACUUUGUUGAAGAAAAAGCCCUGAAAGAUCACAUGAGAUCUAGAGUUCAUAGGAAAAAAGUGAAAAUGUUAAGAGAAGUGCCUUACACAACAGAAGAAGCAGAGAGAGCUGCAGGAAUGGGAUCAUACACACUCACAUCAACCAAACCUCUGUUACCAGUCAAUGAAGAUGAGGAAAUGACAAACAAAGAAAGAGUGGAAAGUGCUGGCACCUAAUCACUCAGUGAUGAUGAAGUGAUGCUAAAAAUAAAUUUCUGAUAUUUCUACAUGUGUGCAA